AUGGACUUGCCAUUGAUUAAGUUAUCCAAUUGUAUUUUAAAUAUUUCUUGUAAAUUCUAUUUUGUGUAUGCUAUUGAUGAUUCGUCUCCCGAAAGUCAUCCAAAUUACGAUGUAACAUUACAUCAAAAUUGGAAAUUGGUAAAUUCAGCCGACUGUGGUGCGAGUGCUUCUGAUCGCAUUAUUGGUGGGGUGAAUGCAUCGUUGGGUUCAUAUCCAUGGAUUGCACGAAUUGGAUAUUCGGGGAGUGGUCUCAAAUCAGUACAAUUUCGUUGUGGUGGCUCUUUGAUAAGUGAGUGGUAUGUGGUCACAGCUGCUCAUUGUGUCACAAACCUUCCAAAUGGCAUGGAAUUAACAACGAUUCGAUUGGGUGAACAUGAUACGGAAACGGAUGUGGAUUGUGAUAAGAAUAUGUGUGCAGCACUACCUCAAGAUUUUACGCCAACCAAAUUAAUUGUUCAUCAAGAUUAUGGUAAUCCAAAAUAUAAAAAUGAUAUUGCACUAAUUCGUUUGGAUCGAGGUGUUGACAUGAAUGGCUGGGUAAAUCCAUUAUGCCUUCCAUAUGGUGAGCUAUUAACCACAGAUCUUGUAGCGAAAGUGGGUGAAGUCGCUGGUUGGGGUAUAUACGAUCUAGCAAAUCCACAGCCAAGUCGUUUUUUACAGUAUGUUAAAUUACCAAUUGUACGACUUGAACAAUGUAUGGAACACUUUAAACAUCAUGCCACCCUCGAUGCUCGUCAAAUGUGUGUCGGCGGUCGAGUGGGUCGUGAUUCUUGUGGAGGUGAUAGUGGUGGGCCUUUAAUGAAAGUCGAAGCUGUAGAUGGACCACCAAAAUAUUUUUUUAUUGGUGUUGUAUCAUUUGGAGCGAAACAUUGUGGUAAAACUGCAAUGCCUGCAGUAUACACAAGAAUUUCAGCGUAUGUAGAUUGGAUAUUGGAUAAUAUGCUACCAUACAACUUCAGUUUUAAUUUUAUAGUUGAAAUAAAUUGUGGAAGCAAAAUGAAUAUAAAAUUUCAUUUACAAAAGUGGAUAUGUUUUCUAAUUCUUGUGUUUGGAACUGUGAAUGCUCAAUGGAUAACGGAAGAUGAGGAUACUUGCCAAACUCCAAAUUAUGAUGCUGGACUUUGUAUUAACAUCAGAAAUUGCCCACCAUUAUUGAACCUUUUACGUACUAAACCAAUUCCACGUGAAACAUCACAAUUUUUACGUCAAUCACAAUGUGGUUUUGAAGGACGUAAUCCAAAAGUAUGUUGUCCAAAUAGUGGUCAAACAAUAGGACGUCUAACAACACCAAAACCUCCAACACCAGAGUAUCAAGAAGGACAAGCAGUAUAUUCACGUUUGUUACCAGAUGUAUCAGUAUGCGGUUUGGGUACAAAUAAUCGUAUUUAUGGUGGUGAAGUUGCCGAAAUUGAUGACUUCCCAUGGAUGGCGUUAUUAGAGUACAAAAAACCAAAUGGUCGUGGUUUUUAUUGCGGUGGUGUUUUAAUUAACAAACGAUAUAUUUUAACAGCGGCACAUUGUGUUGUUGGCAAAGAUAUUCCAAAAACUUGGAAAUUAGAUAGUGUACGUUUAGGUGAAUAUGAUACAUCCACAGAUGUAGAUUGUGUACAAGAUAAUUAUCAGGGUAGUCAAUAUUGUUCUGCACCACCAGUAAAUGUAAAAAUCGAACAAGCAAUUCCACAUCCAAAUUACAAACCAAGAGACCAGAAUCAGCAUAAUGAUAUAGCAUUGUUGCGUUUGGCUGAAGAUGUUGAAUUUACAGAUUUUGUACGGCCAAUAUGUUUGCCUCAAUCAACGCAAGAUAUUCAAAACACGUAUGAAGGAAACAAUCUAUUUGUAGCUGGAUGGGGUAAAACUGAAACACGAUCAGCUAGUACAAAGAAAUUAAAAGUGCGUGUCCCAGUAAUUAAUGCUCAACGUUGUACUGAAACAUAUCGUGCUGCAUCCGUUCGAUUUGCAGCAUCUCAAAUGUGUGCCGGUGGUGAAAAGGGUAAAGAUUCAUGUCGUGGAGAUAGUGGUGGACCUUUAAUGUCGUUAAACAAUAAUGAUUAUACGAAUUGGUAUGCAGUGGGUGUUGUAUCAUUUGGACCUGCAGAUUGUGGUUUGGAAGGGUGGCCUGGAGUUUAUACACGAGUUGGAGAUUUCAUGAAUUGGGUUGUAAAUACAAUUCAACCGUAAAUUGGAUUUUUUUUAUACGUAGACUGUUUCAGCGAAGAAGUUAAUAGACUCAAAAGAUCCUAUUUAUACAAUUACAAAAAAGGUGCGUGUAUUUAUGUACGCGCGUGAAAAGUUAUACUUCUUCGGUAAUAAAAAAUAUAAUAAUUUAUAAAUAAUGUAAACAAAUAACAUGUAAUCAUGAUGCGAAAUUACUAUACGAAACUAUAAUUUCGAUUAUAUAAGCUUAUCUAUUGAUAUUGAUGGCAAUCAAUCGUUGACUAUUGCGAGUUAUAUUUUGUUUGUCGACUAGUUUCAUGGUGUAAAAAAAUUGUAACUAACUUUAAUGUGUAGUUUUCGUGUCACUUUCUCUUAAGUUAUUGCUCCUUUUACUGAAACAUCGUAUAAUUGAUAAGGCUCUGAGAUUUUCUGAGUAAUAUUACAAACAAGUCGUCUUAUUUGAGCUUGUUUCACUUAACUUUUCAGUAUGGCUGUGGUAUCGAGUUAUUUUUAUAUAAUU